AUGGCCGUACAGACACCAAAACAAAGAUUGGCUAAUGCCAAGUUUAACAAGAAUAACGAAAAGUACAGAAAGUAUGGUAAGAAGAAGGAGAGCAAAACUGACAAAACCCCACCUAUGAUAUCUAAAACUUGGUUGGGCAUUCUUCUGUUUCUCCUCGUAGGUGGCGGUGUUUUGGAACUAAUCAGCUAUAUCCUAUGA